UACAUAUAACACAGAAACAAUAAAUAGAGGUUCGGAGAUAUGAUUUAGUCGACUUCACUCUUGACUGUCUCAAUUGCCACGGUGCUUCCACCUCUUAUUGAUACUAUGAAUCGACCGAACUCGUAUAUCAGCGUCGAUGCUGAAGAAGAAAUCGUAAUCUCUGGUAUUGCUGGCCGAUUUCCUAAUAGCGACAAUUUAAAAGAGUUUCAAGAAAAUCUUUUUAACAACAUGGAUCUUGGUUCGAGCGAUCAUGGACGGUGGAAUAAAACUUAUAAUAUGCCCCAUCGAAUUGGUAAAGUCAACAAUAUCGAGAAAUUCGAUUCAGAAUUUUUUAAUAUACCCGCAACAGAAGCUCAGAUAAUGUGUCCUAUGAUUAGAAUGUUACUCGAGCAUACUUAUGAAGCAAUUAUCGAUGCGGGUGUAAACCCAGAGGAAUUACGGGGAACAAGAACGAAUGUUCUUACAGCAAUUUCUUUGUCUGAGACUCAAGGGGAUUUUAUUUUUAAAGCUCAGUUUGCUGGAUUACUUAUGACUGAAUCCAACGUUUCUCUCAUGGCAAACAAAAUUUCUUACUGGCUCGGUGUUAUUGGACAGUCGCAUAAUAUUGAUACUGCAUGUAGUUCAAGUAACGUUGCUAUAGUGAAAGCUUACGAGUUGAUUCGGUCCGGAGAGUGCGACGCGGCCAUUAUCGCUUCCGCCAAUUUAUGCCUCCAUCCUUAUGUACAAUUUCAAUUUUACCAUCUAG